CAGCUCUCACAACACUUUUCAUGUAGUCCACACUGAGCACUCGUGCACUCGCUUCAUCGGCUUUUACUGCACAGUUUAGCCAGUGAUUUAACUGUGACUGAUCGUUUCACGUGCACUCCUCUUUUUUUCCACAUCACUUCGCUUCUCUGACCACUUUCUUCAUUUACACCGCAGGCACCAGGUUACUUUUCUGGUCUGACUUUUUUUUAAACGGAAGAUGUUUUUAAUGAGAUGCAAAUUGCGCUGCGGUUGACUCCGAUGUUGCGCGUCGCUACUUUUACAGAAGUUUCUUUAGUUUCAGAAUAACAUUUUCCCCUGCCGCAUCCUGGCGCGAGGUUGCGUGCAGCGCGCUACGGAUUAAAUGGAUUAAUUACCACAUCUUCACCUCAGUUUUCAAACAACUGGUUUAUAUCGAGUUUGUUUGGAGGCGCUUAACUCAACGGGUUUUUAAAAAUGAGCGAAAUAAACACUGAGGAGGACAAUCAACAUGAAAACGAGUGUCUCAGUGGCAAGGACUCGGACCGUCAGCUUCGCCUGAGACUGUGCGUUUUAAAUGAGAUAUUGAACACCGAACGGGAUUACGUGAGAAACUUGACAUUUCUGCAGUCGGCUUUUCUCCAGAGGAUUAGACAGACUGCAGAAAACCAGCAAUGUCUGACUCAGGAGCAGGUCAAGGUCUUGUUUUCCAACAUCGAAUCCAUUUUGGAUGUCCAUCGCGAGUUCCUUUCCACUCUAGAUGCCAGUUUGCAGCCUGAACCCCAGGCGCAUCAUUCUCUCGGACAUGUUUUUCUCCAGUUUAAAGUGCGUUUUUCAGUGUAUGGCGAGUACUGUAGUAACCAUGAGAAAGCACUCAGACUACUGAUGGAGCUCAACAAGAUCCCUCACAUACGGGCUUUUCUGCUGCACCUCAUGUUGUUAGGUGGUAAGAAGAGCACAGAUGUUCCUCUUGAAGGGUAUCUCCUCUCGCCUAUACAGAGGAUCUGUAAAUACCCUUUGCUAUUAAGGGAACUUUUGAAGAGAACUCCUAAGAAGCAUUCAGAUUACCCUGCUGUAGAGGAAGCCCUGCAGGCCAUGAAAGCUGUGUGCUGCAACAUCAACGAGACCAAGCGGCAGAUGGAGAAAUUAGAGGCUCUUGAGAUAUUACAGUCACACAUAGAGGGCUGGGAGGGAACAAACUUGACUGAUAUUUGUACUGAACUGCUACUCCAAGGCAACUUGUUGAAGAUAUCAGCUGGAAACAUUCAGGAACGAGUCUUCUUCCUGUUUGACAACCUCCUAGUCUACUGCAAGAGGAAGUCAAGAGUGUCAGGGAAGAAAUCCACCAAAAGGACGAAAUCCAUCAACGGGCCGCAGUAUGUGUUCAGAGGCCGCAUCAACACUGAGGUCAUGGAGGUCGAGAAUGUGGAAGAUGGAACUGCGGACUAUCACAGUAACAACUACACGGUGACCAAUGGCUGGAAGAUCCACAAUACAGCCAAAAACAAGUGGUUUGUGUGCAUGGCCAAGAAUGCUGAGGACAAGCAGAAAUGGCUAGAUGCCAUUUUAAAGGAACGUGAACAAAGAGAAAGUCUGAAGCUGGGGAUGGAGCGUGACGCAUACGUCAUGAUUGCAGAGAAGGGAGAAAAGCUGUACCACAUGAUGAUGACCAAGAACCGACACCUCAUCAAAGACCGCCGAAGGAAACUCACCAACGUGCCCAAGUGCUUCUUGGGAAAUGAGUUCGUCUCAUGGCUGCUGGAGAGUGGAGAGAUCAGUAAAGCUGAGGAGGGAAUCAACCUGGGUCAAGCUCUUCUGGAGAACGGCAUCAUCCAUCAUGUGUCAGAUAAGCACCAGUUCAAGAACGAGCAGGUGUUGUACCGCUUUCGCUAUGAUGAUGGCACAUAUAAAGCCAGGAGUGAAAUGGAGGACAUCAUUUCUAAGGGAGUGAGACUUUACUGUCGUCUCCACAGUCUCUUCACACCUGUUGUCAAAGACCGAGAUCAUCAUCUAAAAACAUUCAAAUCCGUCAUACCAGCUAGCAAACUGGUAGAAUGGCUUGUUUCACAGGGUGACAGUGCAAGUCGUGAAGAUGCAGUGACUCUCGGUGUUGGACUCUGCAAUGCUGGUUUCAUGCAUCACGUUUUGGAGAAGAGUGAAUUUAAAGAUGAGUCACAGUUUUUCCGCUUCUACGCUGAUGAGGAGACGGAGGGCACAAGCUCCAAGAGUAAACAGCUUCGCAGCGACUUCAAACUCAUCGAGAACAUCCUUGCCAAAUCUUUAGUGAUCCAUCCUGAAGAAGAGGACUAUGGGUUUGAGAUUGAAGAGAAGAACAAGGCCAUUAUAGUGAAGAGUGUGAGCAGAGGAUCAUAUGCAGAGAUGGCAGGCCUGCAGCCGGGGAGAAAGAUCUACUCCAUUAAUGAGGACCUGGUGUUCCUGAGGCCCUUUUCUGAAGUGGAGACCAUGAUCAACCAGUCUUUCUGUAUACGCCGCUCACUCAGACUGCUGGUGGCCACCAAGAACAAAGAGAUUGUAAAGAUCCCAGAUGUUCAUGGCACCCUUCCGUUUGUUCUCUCUGGUUCUUGUCCACCUCACAUUCAUGCAGUGAAGAAAGGCUCAGAGGCAGCAGCAGCAGGUCUUCAGCCCGGUCAGUGUGUGCUUAAAGUCAACGGCAACAACAUGAACCAGAGCGGCUAUCAGGAAGUCCUGGAGCACUUCAGUGGCUAUCAGCCUGUUUUGGAGCAGCAAGACACUAGCUGUGGUCAGUGGGCGUACAGAGUGUAUGAGGAUGUGGAGGAGCAGAUGUCUUUUAGGGGUUGUGAGAAUGGCUCAGAUUCAGAAGACGGCUGCACUAAUGGAACAGGCUCUGUAAGAAGGCUGGAGCAGUUGUCCAUCUCUGAUGAUGGUCCUUUGGUCAGUCUGAAUGUAGACAAUGUUCAUGUUGAACAUGGGGUUGUGUAUGAGUAUGUCAGCCCUGCAGGCAUCAAACACUGCGUGCUGGAGAAGAUGGUGGAGCCCAAGGGCUGCUUCAACCUUACUGCAAAGAUACUGAAAGCUUUUGUGAAGGAUGAUAGUCUGUUUGUGAAGAGCUGUCGGCAGCUAAUGGCUCUGAAUGAUAAGGUUGUGACGAUGCCACAGUUUGAGUUUCGAAACAUCUGUGACACCAAGCUGGAGAGCAUAGAUAAACGCAUUAGCAGCUAUAAGCAGUUUGUAGAGGAACUGCAGACGAAGGCCUGGCCCACGUUUAAGCAGGCGAGCACUAAACCGCACAUUCUGGGCUGCAUGGACUUCGUCCCCACCAACUGUCACCUUAACCUGAUGCAGGUGUCCUGCCCGAAAAAUACCUCCUCAGCAGGACGGGCCUUUAGCAUCCGCUUUGGACGCAAGAACUCCUUCUUCGGCCUUGAUCCUGACCAAGCGAACCUGAAUCCCAUGUCCCACUCCGUGCACUGUGUGACCAGCAUGGGGGCUCCGUCCUUCAGUUGCCAGAGUUUGGAUGAAGAGACUGAGAACGGUGAAGGGAACUCAGAGGACAGCAGGAAACAUGAAGAGGGAGGUCUCAGCUUCCUCCUAAAACAGGAAGACACUGAGAGCCAGGACAAUUAUAUCUGCCUCUAUAACCGCCUGGACAUUGCAGUCCGAGAGAUGAAGCAAUACGUGGCCCAGAUAGAUGUACUUCUGUCAUCGAUAACUGGACCAACACAACCGCAGGGCUCUGAGCCUCCAUCAUUCGAGAGCGGCCCCUCGACCUCCCCCAUCCCAGAGGAGACAGACCAAGAUAAGACUGAGCACUGCGGAAACAAGAGAGUGUGUUUCAAAGUGAACGAAGAUGAUCAGGAGGACUCUGGACAUGACACCAUGAGCUACAGAGACUCAUACAGUGAAUGUAACAGUAACCGAGACUCAGUGCUGUCGUACACCAGCGUCCGCAGCAACAGCUCUUACCUGGGCAGUGAUGAGAUGGGUUCAGGAGAUGAAUUGCCAUGUGAUAUGCAGAUCCCUUUUGACAAGCAGGAUAAACUACACGGAUGUCUGGAACACCUUUUCAAUCAGGUUGACUCGAUCAACAGUCUUCUGAAGGGCCCUGUCAUGAGCAAAGCUUGCGAGGAAACCAAGCAUUUCCACACCGACCACAGUCAGCCAGAAUUUAGGCACACCGAUGACUGGACUGUACGCUGGCGAUACGUUUUGCACAAGAACAUCCAGGAGGACCCUUGGAACCUUCCUAUUUCGAUCAAAUCUCUAAUUAACAGCCUUCACCGCUUUGUAGAGGAUGGAAGGAGUCAGCUCUUGCUGGCGCUGCUUAAAUGCACGGACACAAAGCUCCAGUUGCGGCGGGAUGUGAUAUUCUGCCAGUCUCUGGUGGGGGCGUUGUGUGCACUGGCGGAGCAGCUUGUGACUGCACUGAACCUGCGCUUCAAUAAUAACGGAGAGUAUGAGGAAGACAGUAAGGAGGUCAGCCACAAGUGGCUGGAGCAGAUCUCCACCAUCGGAGUGCUCUUUAACUUCCAGUCCACACUCUCUCCACAUGUGAGAGAAGAGCGGAUCAUGCUGGAAGAUACGAAAGCAGCUCUGCAGGAUCUGGAGAAAGUGACGGUGUUGUUUCGGCCACUGGAGAACGAGUGCCUCGUCCCAAACACAUCUGUGCAUUACCAGGUGGAAGGCAGUCGGCAGGCUAUCAGGGUGACGAUGUUCCUGGACAACUGUCAUUUCAGUGAACUGCCAACACGACUGCAGAACGGAGGCUCUCUGAAGCUGCAAUCAGUCCUCUUCACUAGAGGGCUGGAGAAGCCAGAAGGUGUGUUGUCUCAGGAUUUUGUUACCAUGGAAGAGUUUCAGCAACGCACAAAUGCUCUCUCACUGGAGAAGGUCAAAGGUUAUUACCGCAAACUCAGGGCUUUUUAUCUAGAGAAGUCUAAUUCAGACUCGAAUUCUACUGCCAUGAAAAUAGAUCAGCUCCUGCGGCCGCUCAACACUCUGGAUGACCUGUGUCGGCUCAUGCAGACAUAUAUGAAUGUAAAGGCCAGCUCUGCGGGUCAGCCCUCAGGGGUCAGUGUGCUGCUGGUGUCCUCUGAGCUCUGCAAUCGACUCGGGGCCUGUCAGAUCACCAUGUGUGCCACCGGGAUGCAGAGGUGUACUCUGACUGUGUCGUUGGAGCAAGCUACUAUUCUGGCCAGAAACCACAGCCUCAUGCCCCGCUGCUUGAUGCAGACCAUGGACCUCAUGCGUAAACAGGGCACCAGGGUGGAGAUUUCUGCCAAAAACCUCAGAGUAAUGGACCAGAUGCCGCCUUUAGCUCCCAGGCUCUUCAGGUUAUGUUUACCCCCAUCCGACGGAGACCUUUGAACACGGUGAUGUUCGUCUCUAACACCUUCUAGAAAACUGAGAGACAUCAAGACUGGUUUAUUAUUUUGAGAACAUCUCAACUUCUCCCAGCCAGCUUCACCCAGAGACGUUCGCCUGAGGUCAAUGUCGUGAUGAGGAAAGACAACUUGCUAAUGCUAACGAUGCUAAUCUUGGCUAUCAGCGUCUGCCCACAUUGUUUGGUCUCCUGGUGGAUCUGGACUGGCACGUGAAUGGCUGUAUUAUCUAUUCCUUCCUUCGCCUUUGACUGCAAUAUUGAGUCAGCAAGUAGGGUGGUUUGGUCUGGAUGGUGAUGUCACGUUCAGAUACGUGGUGAUUAUGUGCAAUUACUGUAGCUUAGCAUGAGUGUGUCUGCACUGUGUGUCAGUGGGAGCUGGUGAGUUUCUCUCACUCAUAUCAGGUGUCAAAGAAAAUACUGAAAUCAUUCCCGCCUGCAAUAUACGGACCACUUUAAAAUCUGAAUUCGCUUACAGGAUAACAGGGAAACUCAAACUAUACAGAAAAAUAGGAGUUUGAAAUUUCACGCUAAUCACAAUUUUGAUAUUAAUUACAAGCAGAACAAAUAUUCUAAUAACGCUCCACGUCCCUGGUGUUAUAGCACUUUUUAAGCAUGACUCAGUGCUGUGUUAAGAGUGUGAAUCGGCUUCAUGCGGCUGUUUGGAGAAAAGCACAAUAAAAGAAAGCUCGUGUUCUUCAGUGUUUUGUUAAGCAUACUGUACAUUGUAGAAGAAACGCAAAGGGAUCCUUUGAAGAACGAAUAGAUAUAGUAGGACUUUAUUGAGGUUUUGUAUUUAGGCAAAUUUAUGUAUGUUAUCAAAUGGAUAAGCAUAUGCUCUGUGGGAACAGCAGUGCUAUAAUUUAAAGAGUAUUAAUAACGUUAAACAAAUAUAAUAUUGUACAUCUCUCAUUUGUAUACUUAGUGUAUAUUUGGAUAGGAAACUUUAAUGUGCUUUUACACAAUGUGUUCAGUAUUUAAAUUUCUAACUGGUCAGUAAACCGAGAAGGUCUGGAAAUUUGAACGGUGUACCUAGAUUAGUUUGGAGUAGUUAAGCUAGUAUGUACAUACAGGCUUUUGUUACAUUUAGUUACCUUCAGUAAUCCUGACACAUGGCCGUAUUUAGUUCAAUUGAAAUAAAUAAGGUCACUAUAGUGUCAAUAUGCUAAAAGCAUCUUGGUAUAAUCUUAUUCCGACAUUCAUCUUGUUUGUAUUAUAGCUCAUAACGCAUCUCUCGGUUACAUUUCAGCAUGGAAGAUAGACAAUACAACUUCAGACCAUGUUGUAGUUUUACAUGUGAUGAUAAAACAUUGUAGAAAAAAAAUAAUACUUGAAUUUAAGCUAAUACAUAUCUUUAUUUCAUUAUAACUGUCCAAAUUGAAGGCUAAGAUGUAGAAUUAAUUCAGUAUUAUUUGGAUUUUAACAUUUGAUUUGGUCCUCAAACUAUAAACAAGUGUUUUUAAUCCUUGGAAUCUGUACAUUUUAAAGCUCCUCGUCGUUGCUUGUUUCUAUGCUUUAUGAAGUCCACACGAAACCUAUCAUUUCUGUAAAUCUAGUGAAACCCAAAGACGUAGCAUUAGCAUUAGCAUGUUCCUAUCACUGUAUAUUAAAAUCUCAGGUUUUUCUGUAUCAUCUUGGUCCAUUAUUGUGCGAUUAGCUUCCCCUCUGAAUAUGAUCAUGACUAAUUUAACAUCUCUAAUCAGUCAGCUCAAAUAUGAUAUGCACACAUUGAAGAUUUUAAACUGCUGAUCUGUCUACGGUUCUAUUUGAAGUAUAUAUUGCCAAUUUUAACAUGCCUCGAUUUCAAGUGUACUUUUAGCUCAAAGAGCGGAAGAUAUUCAGUGGUGCUUACAAAACAAGCCUUUCUUUUGGGGGCCUUAUAGUUUAUAAUCUCUGUUUCGUUUGUUUGUUUCACUUGCAAAAGCCUUUUUUAAUCUUCCAGAUUUUGAUUGUUCCUAUUAAUAAGAGCAGUUUAAUCAAACCUCAGCGGUGGAGUGAAGGAGUGGAUCUAAUCUGCAUCAGCAAGUAUUUAACUUAUAGUUUUUAUUCAUGUUUGACUGUGAAGUCUCACUGUGUCCUCAUUUGUGCUUUAUAAGUAAAUUAAAUGGCUCUUAAACUUUUUCCUGCUGGAGAUGUUAAGUGCAUAUCCAGUUGUUUUAACUCAUUGUAUAAAGUUUUCCUUUCCGAUGACGUAUGAUUAGCUUAUGAAUAAGUUCUCCAAGAUUGCACCUUCAGGCAGAACUGAGGACCUGUGCUAAAUCAAUUGGUCUGGACUCUCAGAAUUGUCUCAUUACAGAUGUAAAAAAAAUGCCUUGUACCCCAAAGCUCAAAGUGUCGUUUCUCAUUUCCCAAUGCAGCCCCUGAUAACCAUGUGGUGGAUUUAUGGCACCCUUCGGUCUGACUGGAGUAAUUCAUUAGAUCUCUCGAUGAAGCUCUGUUAGGUUUGUCUCUUUGCUGUAUUUAAUGCAUUGCUAAUAUCAAACAAAAUAAAAGAGUAUGUUUAUAAUUUA